UUAAAAUUAAUAAAAUCGGACAAGUGGAACGAACUUCAAAAUGAGUUUGAAAAAGAUUAUCCUCGCGGAGUUACAGGGUUCAAUUGUUUGCAAACGCAGAAAAAAUGGUUGGAACAGGGCAUUGACUACGGAUUUAAAGUUUUUUGUCCUUAUAAUGAAGCGAAGAAUGGGAUGAUUGCUGUUUUAAACGACCAGGCAAUAUAUGAACUCCACAUAGAAUGUCCGAGCGAUGACACAAGCAAACUGGAAGAAGCCUUAAAGAAUACUAUACAUAUAAAUUGGGAUAGAAAACUUUGUAUACUGUUCCCUCCAUUUCAUGUCGUAGAAUGCAUUCAGAGAGUCGUCAAAGACAUUGGCAAGGAAAUAACGAAAAUAAGUCCGUUGAUUUUUUAUCUCUUGGAUCGACGCACACCACUUUUUGAUGUUGAUUUACCACAAGGCUUCACGUUUCAACAACUAUCUCAGAAACACAUCGAGAUCGUGGAUUCAACAUGGCCACAUCGGUAUCCUGGAUCAACAUUCUAUUUUGACCUUCUCAUUCAGGCUCAAUCUGGUUAUGGCCUAUUUAAGGACCAGGCAUUGAUCUCUUUCGGUUUUAUUAAAGAGACUGGGGCUUUAGGACAUUUGUAUACUCUAGAAGACCAUAGAAGGAAGGGCUACGGAUGUAUGUUUUUGAAAAUGUUGUGCAAUAUUCUUUUAAAAGAAGGAAGACAUAUUAACUCUUAUUGUAUUAAGAAAAACGUACCUGCUUGUAAGAUGCAUGAGAAGUUUGGGUUUAAAAAAUGUGGUGAGGUUGCUUCAGUGCAUAUACAAUAGAACUAAGUAGAUAAGUAAGAAAAUGUAAAAAAUUGAAG